UUGAACGGCUUCCGUUAAAACAGCGAUUGAAAUUACUAUUAGCCAACAAACGUCUUCUAGAAUCUUCUUCCAGUGUCAAUUCUACUCAGUCUUCAAUUGAUACCGUCAUGCAAAAGGAAGAUGAACAAUGUGAUUCACAGAUGAUGAACUUUUAAGACAACGAACGGCAAAUCCAUGGUGAUUUUGUUGGGACUAGGGAAAGGUGCGUACAAUCUGAAAUACAAGGGAGCAUGAGGAAAGCCACUGUUGGACUUGUAGGGAGAAUAUUGCUAGCUGUGGAUUAGGUCGUGGCCACCAAAACUGACAAUGACAUAUGUUCAGGGACAUGAAAAAGAUGUGUGGUGAACCUUUGGUGGAGAGGAGUAUGUCUAUGCUCCUUUUCUUUAUGGUUUCUUCUCCUCUUCCUCGAAGGUAGUAUGAUCGAGUGCCAGAAACUGAAAUACAAGGGAGCAUGAGGAAAGCCACUGUUGGACUUGUAGGGAGAAUAUUGCUAGCUGUGGAGUAGGUCGUGGCCACCAAAACUGACAAUGACAUAUGUUCAGGGACAUGAAAAAGAUGUGUGGUGAACCUUUGGUGGAGAGGAGUAUGUCUAAGCUCCUUUUCUUUAUGGUUUCUUCUCCUCUUCCUCGAAGAAUCUCCAUUUGGCUUAUUCAGUUCAACAAGAGGGGCUAGGGAGUUUGGCACAGCAGAAAAAUAUUACUGGUGAUGCGCUGCAAUGUUUCCAUCAAACAGAAGCAAAUACGAAUACACUUCAGAAUCAGAUGAAUAUUUCUGCACAUACUGCAGAAAAAGUUGAUACCAUUGAGAGUACAUUUCAACAAUCAUUAUCACCAAGGUUUCCUAUCAUUGUGAAGGAUGAGUCUGUGGAAGGUAUCAGAGUGAACUCUUCCAUUAACCUUGUCAAUGAUUCAUCCAGUGCUGACGCAGAAGCAAUACUGAGAAUCAAUGGCAAGAAACCUGAUGAUUUUUUGGAUGAUCUUGAUUUUGUUGUGCUCAAAGAUAGGCAGAGAAUUUUACAGUCAAGGAAAGAGCUAUGCUUGAAGGCGUCAACUUUAGAGGAUCACCUUUCCAACUUUUCCAGCGUACUCAUGGAUGACACGAAUAUUCAAAGUGCUGGGAUAGUAAAAGGACAGAUUUGUCCUUCUAAGAUGAAAGGUCAUCGUUCUCGUGAACUUCAUAGGAUUUCUAAUUCUUCAACUGUGGCAGUUGGAGGUUUGUCUAGUAAAGAUCCUCAAGUGUUUGAGUUGGGGCAUCAGUGGCAGAAAAAUAAGUCGUCCGACUGUGGAAACUCAACGGAAAGUCUAGGAAAUGAUGGGAGAACUCUUCCCAAGCAUGAAGAAUCAAGUCAUGGACAAGACCUUUCAUCUUUUAAUUGGAAAAGGAAAGUUAGUCCUCCUUUAUCGGACUGUGUACAUGUCAAGCUUGAACCUGUGGAUAACAAUAUGGUUGAAACUACUGUGAAGAAUGGAAUGGGUAGUUUGCCCCAUAGUAGCAUGUUUCUGGUGAAAAGUGAAGUUGGAAUUGCCAAUGAGUCUUCUGAAGAUGAACUGGAUCAUAUGCUGUUACGAGAGCGAAUGAAGCUGUUCUCUUCGAAAGGGGUUCCUUCAUUUGAGAUAGGUAGAGCUGCAGAGUGCUCAGGCAAAUUAGUUUCUUCUGUCUCGGAUUGCACACCCAUCUCAUCAGCACCAGCUCCACUAAAAGUUAGCCGGCCACGGAAGCGAAGGAAAACUGCCACAGAUUCGGUUGAAGUAGCAAUGGAGGAAGAUGCUCCUGGACUCUUGCAGGUAUUACUUGAAAAAGGCGUAAGCGUUGAUGAGAUGAAACUUUUUGGAGAAAAUGAGAGUAAUGAACCUAUUGAUGAUUUGUCCUCUGAAGACAGCUUCUCAGAGCUAGAAGCUGUUAUAUCUAAGCUUUUCUCCUCCCAACGACAGUCACUAUUAAAGCUAGCUCCACUCCAGUGUACAAAAGGUGAAAAAGCUAGCUAUUGUUUGGCUUGUCUGUUUUCGCUCGUUGAGCAGGCACGGUAUCUACAUUUUCGGAAGUGGCCUGUUGAAUGGGGCUGGUGCCGAGAUCUCCAGUCAUUUAUUUUUGUCUUUGAAAGGCAUAACAGGAUUGUGCUUGAGCGUCCUGAAUAUGGCUAUGCAACAUACUUCUUUGAACUGGUGGAUUCCUCCCCCAUUGAUUGGCAAAUCAGGCGAUUGGUAACUGCUAUGAAGCUUACUAGCUGUGGCAGGGUCACCCUAAUCGAGAAUAGAACACUGAUGGUAGGAGAAGAGCUUAGUGAAGGAGAAGCAAGAGUAUUAAUGUCAUACGGUUGGAUACCUAACACCGGUCUGGGAGCGAUGCUCAACUAUUGUGAUCGAGUUUUUCAUGAUAGAAAGUGGGAGAAAGAUAGCUCGGAGUGGAGGUCGAAAAUUGGGAAGUUGCUUAUGGAUGGAUACAAUGGUGGUUCACUAGUUGAAAAACUUGUUGAAUACAAUGUUGCUCAAAGUUGCCCACAAAUCAAGUUAGAAAUAGAGUAAAACCUAGCUUCAAUUAUCUAAAAUCUUGUAAAUGUCCAUCCUUUCUGAACUUAGACUAAAAUGCUUUUUUGUACAGAUUUAUCGCUCUCUCUUUUAGUCAUGAUGUCUAACCUUAGUUUCUGUUAUUGAAUAUGAAGUUAAUUAUGUCCUUUAGUGAAUAUAACAGGAUAAUUUUUGCAGGGCA